ACGACAAUGUAGGUGAUAGGACUAUUUGUCCGCAUUUCGUUUAUCCCUCGCGCUGUCGUCACUAUUGUUCUACAUUUCUCAACUAAUCAAUAGUUAUUUUCCUAAAUGCUAUUAAUAGAAUGACUCUGACGUAAAGAAUUCAUUCCCCUCGAUAUGAGAAGAUAUUUGUUUUCUUUGUGUAUUCCUAGAGCUGGCAACGAAGAGUUAGCACGUGACGGGAUUUACAACACAGAAGCACCGUAAUACCUGGCCAAAGUACAAAACAUGGAUACAGUGUUGGACUCGUGUCCCACGAACAAAGCCAGGGUGUGUUUGACAGCAGAGAUUGUAUCUUAAUCAUAUUCAGGCGACCUCGUGGUCUUUGAAUGUGGAAGUCGUCACAGUAACGACAAAAACAACAUCAAAAAUGAUUAACAGAAUUUCACACUCCUGCAUAAUCCGUAAAGGUUUCCUCGACUGAUGUCACUGAUGACGUCAUCAACACGAAGUGCACGAGUGGUGUUUUUGCAGCUGGCGUGCUGAAGAAAGCAGAACACCACAUAGAAAAUAAUUAAGAGGAAAUUACUGUUCGUAUCUUAAAGCUUGUGACUCGACUACACAAAGCACCCGACUAUGAACGCCGAGCCGUUACCUCGCAUCAUGUCUUCCAGUUCAGACAGUGACUCCGAUUGGACAGACACGGAUUUACCUGGUCCAGACCUGUCCGGCGUAUUACAGAAAGAAAUACCAAUCAAACCAUUGUGUAAUGAAGACGUGCGCUCCCAAAUAAACAGUGACAUGGAGCUCGCUGUUUUCCUACAGAACCAGGAAGCGGAAUUGCAGGAGUUGUCGUCCCUUAGUGUAUCCAUUGUUGCCCACGAUGAAAACAGGCGGCGGUCGAUGAUAUCGGUGGACGAUUACGAGGACGAGGACAUACCCAUCCCCACGUUCAGUCUGGGGGAUCUGGAAAGCAGUGAUGACAGCAAUGAUGAAAAUGUCUUAGAGACGAUAGAUGAUGAUAUCUUAGAGGCGCUCGAACUCACCCUUGAACAGCGAGAACAACUGCUGGCACUAAUGCGAAAUGACUCGGUGAACUACUCGGUUCCCGGCCUGAAGGUGAGCCAGAUCAGGAGGUUGCAGCGGCCGUGUGUUGUGGUCGCCGAUUGUGACGACAACUGCGGUAUCUGUAUCACGGAGUUCGCCGCGGGGGACAGGAAGCGGGUGCUCAAGUGUAAACACUUCUUCCACGUCGACUGUAUUGAUCAGUGGUUACAGAAAACUGCCCUUUGCCCACUGUGUAGAAACCAGGUUAUUCCACCAAGAAGACUACGACUAUCGAGGUGUACCAUAUUGUAAUGACGUCACAAUGGAUUUAUUCACAUAACAAUGCCAAAUUAGAAUUUACUUCGAUGGGGUGAAUAAUGAGUGACUCGCACACAAUGUGGAAAAAACAACAUUUAGACUGAGCUUCCACUGAUCAGUAUUGGAGAGGGGAGGUGAUCAGUGAACAUCUUUCAUGCGAGAAUAUCUCCCCCUCCCUAAGGGGAACCUGCUUUUGACUUCGGGGAUCAGGGUUUGACCCCCUUUAUUCUGUGACUCCUGUGACACAAACGAGUCUUACAAAGUCUCAAUUGUGAUGGCGCUUAGACUACAAGCAUUCCAUUUACAUGUCAGGAUCAUUCCAGAGACAAAACAAAAAAGUUCUACAAACUCUAGUAUUCAUUAUAAAGUAUUUUAUGGCUGGGAGGUAAUCCUUGCCGAGAACAUGCCACGAAUUCCCGUCAUGACGAACCUUCCACCAAGAAACUGUCAUGACGAACCUGCCACCAAGAAAUUGUCAUGACGAACCUGCCACCGACAAACUGUCAUGACGAACCUGCCACCAAGAAAUUGUCAUGAUGAACCUGCCACCAAGAAACUGUCACGACGAACCUGCCACCAAGAAACUGUCAUGACGAACCUGCCACCGUGAUCUGUGCUCAAUGAACCCGUGCCUUAUUAGUCUUUCAUAUAUCGUGAAAUUUCAUCGUGCUGAAGUGAGGAGCAUUUCUGUGUUAUUUACUUCCUCUUUUUUGUUUGUUUCUGGAUUAAUGAUCGGUGUAUUAUUCAGUAGACUGUACAACAGUGUAGAUCGGUGAUUCGGGACAUCUGUUAUUUAUACAUGACAAGUUCAUUGUAUUGAAUUGAUGAGGAAUCGGUAUUGUACCGCAGUGACAAAGUCACUGUAUGAGAGUGAAGAAUAUUCUGAUGUGCUGUUUGUGUAAAAUAAUGAGAUCAUUAAAAUCAUUGUGUUGAAGUGGCACGAAACGUACGUGUGACAUCUGUAGACUUCCAAAAGCCUCGUAUUGAAGUGACACGAAACGUACGUGUGAUGUCUAUAAACUUCCAAAAGCCUUGUAAUGAAGUGAUCAGGGAAAAAAGUUAUUUCUAUGUAAGAAAAAAAACACCAAAGAAAACCCCACACACAAAACAACAAGCAUUCAGAGGCGGAUCUAGGGGGGGCGGGGGGGGGGGGUGGUGGUGGGGGGGGGCCCCCCCCUAAAUUUUGCGACAGUUAUAAUUUUAUUAUAUAUUAAUUUUCUUUCUUUUUUACGAUCCCCUCCAAACCUCCCCCAAAGUUCCAUUGGCAUUCGGCCUCAUGUCAUUGCCCCCCUCCCCCGGAUUUUCUGGACCCGCCACUGAGCAUACUGUGUUAUUUCUGAAGAAUGACGAGUAUAUUAACCAUAUGCUGAAACAGAACCUGCUGUCGUGUGACUAGGAAUAUGCGUAUAUGUAUAUAUGUGUAAUUCCUAGAAAAUAGAUGGAGGUAUUCAUUUAUGAUUUACCGGCCUCGGUGGCGUCGUGGUAGGUCAUCGGUCUACAGGCUGGUAGAUACUGGGUUCGGAUCCCAGUCGAGACAUGGAAUUUUUAAUCCAGAUACCGACUCCAAACCCUGAGUGAGUGCU